AUGUCAACGGUAUGUCAGUCCAGAAACCAGAUUUCCCAUUCUUCUACUAACUCCCAGUUCCAACCCAUAAACCCUAAGCCGUUUCUCAAAACGCUUCUCAACAAAAAAGUCAUUGUCAGGUUGAAAUGGAACAAGAUGGAGUACAAGGGUACGCUUGUGGCCAUAGACAAUUACAUGAACUUGCAGCUUGACGAUACGUACGAGAUUCUUCGAGAAGGCGACGAGAAGAAGGAGGAGUUGAUUGGCGAGAUCUUUAUACGGUGCAAUAAUGUGUUGUUUGUCCGUGAAGACCCAGAAUCAACAGACACGAAAAUGGAAGAGUAA